AUGAUGAACGAUAGAACAGAAUAAAAACAUUUGGGUUCAAUCCAAAACCGGAAACGGAAGUUGUGAAUUGUUGACAGAGGGCGCUUUUUGUUUUGACAGGAAGUUCUCAAAUUAUUGCAAAAUAUAUUUUUUUCCUGAACUUAUUUCGUCUGAAAUCACGUUCAAAACCCUCAAAAGAAAAUGGAUUUGUUGAAAUUAUUCACUGGACAAAAUGGAGACUUUUUACAGGAUCUCGGAACUCUGAACUUUAUCAAUUCUGGAGACAAAGAGAUGCUGCAGAGAGUGACUGGUGCCCGAGUGGCUGCCUAUGUUUUUGAUAAGUUGACAAAUGAACAAGAAAUAGAAGCCUUGAGAACAGCAACAAUUUUAAGUAUUUCGAAAUAUGUGAAGGACCACCCUAAAGCCUCAAAAGAAGAAAUGGUGAAAGAAAUUGGAAAACAAAUUUAUGAAUUUCAAAAGAAGAUCGAAAGUUUGUGAAGUGACAGAAGUCAAAAUUUUCAUUCAUUGAUUGACUCAGUGAUCAUUAGAACAAUGUUGGAUUACAAAUGUCAAAAUGACCUUGGAGAACAUUUUUAGACAACUUCAAUAGUUAAUCUUAUUCACUUGAUUUACAUUCAUAAGACCAAUUGUUUUAGUUUGGAAAGUGAUAAAUUCAGAAUAAAAAUUAAAACGAUUAUUGAAAUGACCAAAGUAUCUCUUUUCUUGUCUUUACUGUAUAGUGUAUGUAUAAUCAAAAGACCAUGUAUAAUGAGGUGGUCAAUCAAGUCACAGCCCUCUAAAUUCAUCCAGCAUUUCAAGACAAUUAGCCUACUUUUUAAGGAUUUUACAUCAAAAACAAUGCUGGCAGUAAGCUUAAAAGUCACAUCCUAAAAACAGUGUUUAUGUUUUAUGUAGAAGUAGCCUAUCUGACUUUCAUGAUAUAAAACCUUUUUUUAUUUCAACAU